AUGCACGGAAUACCGAAAGGUCUGAUGUUUGCUGUUUACUAUCCAGUCAUUGCAACAAUUGGAGUGCCAGCUAAUUUGACAGUGAUUGCGAUCCUGUCUCGAAGAAGAUGUGGUCUGUCUGGGUGUACGAUCUAUUACCUUGUGUCCAUGGCAGUGACAGAUCUCCUGGUCCUGGUCACCUGUGUAAUAUUAAACCGGAUUGCUGGGAUUUACUUUCCAUACAGUUUCCUGUCUACUACUCCAGUUUGUCGUCUCCGUGCUGUCUUAAAUUCCACUGCCGUAGACAGCUCUGCUUGGUUGACUGUCACUUUCACCUUUGAUAGAUUUGUGGUGAUUUCUUGUCAGAAGCUGAAAACAAAAUAUUGCACCAAAAAGACAGCAGCAUGGGUCAUUGGAAUCGUGUCUACAUUGUGCAGUAUAAAAAACGCGUUUUUGUAUUUUAUAUAUGAACCUGUGUACACAUUUAACAAUGUACCCUGGUUCUGCAAUAUAAAAUUAAUAUUUUAUAUGUCACCUGCAUGGGCAGCAUAUGACUUAUUUCGUGGCAUUUUCAAUCCUUUUCUCCCAUUCAUUCUGAUUUUACUGCUCAAUGCUUUGACCAUUAGAUACAUUAUCGUGGCCAAUGGAGCCCGCAGGAGACUCCGGGCCCAGAGUCAAGGAGAGAAUCAGAGUGAUGCAGAAAUGAAAAAGCGGAGAAAGUCCAUCGUUUUACUUUUUGCUAUUUCAGGCAGUUUCCUCUUGUUGUAUUUUUUAUCUUUUAUAACGAUCCUGUAUGUGCGAAUUGCAAAAGUUACCUAUUUCUCAGGUUCAGAUUUCAGUCAAUCGAUAUUUAUCCUUGAGGGGAGCGCAUUUAUGAUUUUAUUUUUGUGUUCCUGCAUCAACCCGUUUAUUUAUGCUGGAACCCAAAAUGAAUUCAGAGUCGAGUUAAAGAAUGGGCUGAAAUAUCCACUGCUUCGACUUCUGAAACGAUUCGAAAUUUGA